AUGGGGCUCAAGGGGAACAAGCGCUUCGGCGGCCGCGGCGGCGGCGGCCAGCCGCCGGCCAAGCGCCAGGCGGCCGGGAAGGACGGCCCCGCCGAGGAAACCGACGACGGCAUCGUCGUCGCGCAGAUAUCGAAGAACAAGAGGGUGGCUGUGAGGAGCUGGAACGGCAAGGUGAUGGUCGACAUGCGCGAGUUCUACGAAAAGGACGGCAAGAGCCUCCCGACCCGCAAAGGUAUAUCGCUUUCAAUGGAUCAGUGGAAGAUACUGAGGGACAACAUCGAAGCUAUAGACGAGGCCAUCAAGGAGAACACUUGA